AUGGCUGCUUGCAAACUUUCUAUUAUAGCUAGGUCAUUCAGCUCAUCUGGAGCUCAAAAUCAACUAGUUAAGACUCCAAUACCUGUUUUUGGUGUUGGAGGACGUUAUGCCGCAGCCGUUUAUUCUGCUGGUGUCAAAGCCAAAGAAAUUGAUAAAGUAGAAGCCGAUUUAAAAAAGUUUCAAGAUGCAUUCAAUACAGACUUAAAAUUGAGUCAAAUAUUGAAAGAUCCUACAAUUAAAAAGAGCAUGAAAGCAACUUCUUUAAAAAGCAUAGCUGAAAAAAUGUCUUUCACUAAAACUUCAACAAAUGCUCUUACUCUCAUCGCAGAAAAUGGUAGAUUAAAAGAUUUUAAUAUGAUCAUGAAUUCUUUCAAAACAGUUAUGGCUGCACAUAAAGGCGAAAUUCCAUGUGAAGUAGUCUCUGCUAAGCCAUUAAACGAGGCUCAAUUAAAAGAUGUUACUGCUGCUUUACAAAAGUUUGCUGGCAAAAAAACUGUUCUUUUAACUUCAAAAGUUGAUCCGUCAAUACUCGGUGGUUUAAUUGUUUCAAUCGGAGAUAAAUAUGUAGAUAUGAGUAUUGCUUCUAAAGUUAAAAAAUACACAGAAAUUUUGAAUUCUGUAGUUUAA